AUGCCGCCAAAGCGAGUUCGAAAGCCACGCGCGAAGCCAGCAAUACUGAAGCCAGCAACGCCUCCUCCCACGCCACUGCCUCCGCCGCCAGUUCUGACCAACCUCGAACAGACUUAUGAGGCUUCAAACUGGCUCUAUAGCGCCAGCUCAAUUCGGCAAGUCGCGCAGUCUCAAGUCAUCCAGGCUGAGGUCGAGUUGGCGAUGCAUCGUCGUGUAAUUGAGAGGGAUACAGAAGCGCAGUCUGACUUAGCGGCGAUCCGCGAGAAGGUCAUCGCUGAUGAGGAGUACCUCAAGGAGGCACAAAGCAGGCUGCAGGCCGCUAAGGGUGAAGAGAAUGCAGCGAUCAAGAGAGUCAGCAAUCUCUACGCAGCACUGUCCGGGCGUGAAAAGGAGGAAUACGACAAGACUAAGGGUCAAGGACGCAGACUCGAGAAGAGAAACGCUGGCUUACAAGCUCAAGUUGCCAAAGACCAGCACCGCCAGUCUCAGCGUAACCAAGUCGAGGAGUGGUAUCAGUUGACCGAGAUCGCCUUCGAAAACUACUCACAGAUCAAGGUUUUCCCGACACCACCAGCUCUGUACCACUGCAACAAGGACCAAUGUCGCCGAUCUGUCCAUGCGGCCAAGUUCGCUCUCGGCAUGUGCUCAUGCGAUCUGAAGGAAGUCUUCCGGGUAUAUUCAACCUACCACCAGGACUUCGAUCCUAAUGAGGAGAGGAAGAGAUGGCAUCCAGAUUUGUUCUCGGGAUGUCAGGACAAGCGGAUGAGAGAGAUGGCGGAGGAGAUUUUCAAGGUAUUGGGAGAGAUGAAGCCGAAGCUCCACGAGGUAGGCUGCUCGCUAUGCGACAAUUUAGAGGGCUUCUGCAAUAAGUAUCGCGCUAAGUUACAACUUCUAAAGGAGGGUGAUCUAGCUAUCUCCGACCGCUAG